AUGCGAUUCAUUUUAAAAAGUUUUUUAAAAAUAAUAAUGAUUAUAAUUUAUUACGAAUGUUUUUCAUAUUCCAUCACAGAUCUUAGUGAACAAUGCAAGAAGGGGAAAACUAUUUAUAAAUAUUUAACUACAGGAUCAGAAUCGAGCGAUUAUUCUGUUGAUGUAAUUGCUGCCUAUCAGAAAUUAAACUGCAGUUUAGUUUAUUUUGUCAGAAAUAAUAAUCACAUUCUUUUACUAAUUGAAUACGUAGAUAGAAGACCUGGCAAACCUGUUUGUAAUAAUAAAGAAAAUGCCGUACUAGUUCAUGGUAAUAAAUCAACAGUUAACGCUUGUAAAUACGCAGAUGAUCACAAUCAGGAUUCCUACAUAAAACUGGGUAAAGAUAAUGUAAAAUUGGAAAUAUCAAGUGUAGCGGAUAUGAGCACAAUUAAAAUCACUGCAACUUCAAUGAGAUAUUCACAAAAUGCGAAAUGUCAAGCGCUCUACGAAACGGAAUGUUAUUAUAAUAAUACAUUAUAUUGUAUGUCUGUAUCAACGGUUUGUGAUCAAAAUGCUAACUGCGGAUUUAGAAAUUUACUUGACGAAGAUCCGGCAAUAUGUCUUGGACCGCAACUAGACGCUUACCAAGUCUUCGUAUCAAUAGAAAUAGGAAUAUCUAUAGUUAUUCUUAUUAUAUCACUAACAUUUGUAAUAAUGCCGAAAAGAAAAGAAACGUUUGUUUACGAAUUUAACAGUACAAUGUUUGUAUUUGACAGCGAAACAAAAGAAGUUAACUACGAGAUCACUUCAACCGUUCACUAUCCCACCGACAUUUGGACGUCAAAGCUACGAUCAAGGAAAAAAAUAUCUGAGUAA